GGUGACUCUGACACUCCCCGUCAUUUAUUUGACUUGUUUUCUCCUUCCCAGCUAAUCAGUGGUGAUUGGGCAAUUCAAUGAUUUAGAUCUGCUCCUCAAGCAAGGGUGGACCCCGGAGGGGACUGAUGUGCAUACUGGCCAGGUGUCAUUUGCUCCCGUCUUCUCUGGUUUUGCUCAUUUUGUUCGUCGCCUGCACUAUGGGCUGUAUUCAGAGCAUUGCAUGCAAGCCCCGCAUCAGACGGGAGAACAUUGUGGUGUAUGAGGUGUCAGCCUCUAUCGACCAGUGUCCCACCAUCAUUGAGGAGAACUCCCCGAUUGUGCUCCGUUACAAGACGCCUUACUUCAGGGCCUCGGCAGGGGUUGUGAUGCCACCCGUGCCCCGCAAUGAGACUUGGGUGGUGGGCUGGAUCCAGGCUUGUACCCAGAUGGAGUUCUACAACACCUAUGGUGAUAUUGGCAUGUCCAGCUGGGAGUUACCAGAGUUGCGAGAGUGUCGGGUCAAGGCCAUCAGCGACUCAGAUGGUGUCAGCUACCCCUGGUAUGGCAACACCACAGAGACAGUUACCCUGACCGGACCCACGUCCAAACCAUCACGUCUGACGGUCAGCAUGAACGACAACUUCUACCCCAGCGUGACAUGGGCUGUGCCCAUCAGCAACAGCAACACGCCCAUGCUGACCCACAUCACAAGGGACCAGAGCUUCAUCACCUGGCUGGUGGCAAUGAACUCUGUCUCCAAGGAGCGCAUUGUGUUGCAGACGGUGCGAUGGCGGAUGCGGGUGGACAUUGCAGUGGACCCUGACAUGCCUCUGGGCUCCCGAGCCUCGCUGGUGGGUCGUCAUUACCAGGAGCAGCCGCACAUCCUCAACUACCAGGAGCCCAUCCCUCCUAACGCGCUGGGGAGGCCGAACGCCAACGACGCCCAAGUGCUCAUGUGGAGGCCACGGAGAGGAGCGCCGCUAGUGGUCAUACCGCCAAAAUAAGAGGGUGCAAUGAUUGCAAAGACAGAAUAAUUAUUAUUCCCUCCUGGAUAAAAGGGGCCAGGUCAUGAAGCCUAUUUGAAAUGGGGGGGCGGUUUCAUUGCGCUGAAGAAGCCAGAUGCUCCUUAUCCUUGAAAGAUUUAAGUCGAGCAUUACAACGAGCCAGAGUGGAUCCUACAUGAGCUCGGUGCCAGGAUGGAAGUCAACCACUAACUCAUGUCAAGGGCCUGGAUCGCACUACAGCUUUUUUGGCCCCCCAACAAGUGAAUGCAUUGAAGAGUUCUGCCUGCUUUUUAGUGAAGAAGGAGCGCUGUUUUUAGAAGUACCGCGGAGGUAUUAGACCACAACGAGAACUGCACCCUGCAUCCUUAUGUAGAUCUUAUUGCAUGAGACACUGAGAGUGACAAGAAAAAACAUUCUUGAGAAGUUUAGGAAUAGCAUUUGUUUUGUAAAAAUUGAAACCUGAAGACAUUUUGAUUGAAAGGUCAGCCCAAAAAAGCCUGUGGGCUGGUCAAACCUGUAAAACCUGUCCGUGCCAACAACGGCCUUCAGCACUCAGCACUGAGUUAAAGGAUGUAUUCAGAGAAUUUAAAAGAGACAAAGUAUUAUAUUAAUCUUUUUAGGUUAAGAUGAACUCAUGCAUUAAUCAGAUUGUAUUAAGAGCUCCCACCUUGCAUAAACGUCUGAAAGAAAAACAAAUAUGCUGUAGUUUUCACUGGAGCUUUUCUCAUACACCAAAUUUAUGCACCAACACAUCAACUCCACAGCCUCUGUCCUGCUGCUGAUAUUUUAUUCAGAUGGGGGACAAGCUUUCAGAGAUGGGAGUUGGACCUUUAACCACAUUAGGGUAAAUAAUGUCAGCUAAGCUUUCAAUAAGUGCAUUGUAAAUGACUUGGUGCCACACAACAGAUUUAAGACAAGUGUGUAAUUGAUGUGGCACUAAUCAGGCCAUGUUGCACUACCAAGCUGCAUACAUCUUCCUUCAAUCAGGGAAACUAAAUGUACACUUCAUAGUUACCUUGCUGUUGAAUUAAACCAGACAAAAUUUUGAAAAAUAUUUAUUUUAAUUUGUGGCAUUAUUUUAACAUUGGUAUGUUGUCAUUUCUCAGUUUCUCCUCACAUCAUUUAAUGAAUAUUAUCUGCAGUAGUUCUGCAUGAUAAUCCUCGAUGAAGGUGUCCUGUGUCGUGGCAUGUCCAGUGGCUCAUCCUGGGCUCAGUCCAGGUUCCAACCUGCCACUCCUCACAGGAGUCACAUGACUCAUCCUCCAUCUGUGCUUCUCUCCAGGUUCUCUCCUCACCUUCCCGAUCUAACUGCUCAGUUUCUCUGGUAUGGCCACCUCACCACACUCACCAUCUCCAUCUAAAUACACUCAUUUGCUCUAUAUUUCACAACUAUGCAAAGAUUAUCUGUGACUGUAAACCAAACCAGAAGGAGAAAGAUGUGUAUUUUAUCUGCCUCAAUCAUUUUCUUAUUUGUCAGGGUCAAUGUUGGAAAAAUAAAUGGAUUUUGUAAAUGUACAAUACUCAGAGAUUAAAAUAGGUUAUAUUGAACAAGUGUGUCUACAUGUGUCGCCGUGCUGCAGCUCAUUCAGACAUCUGUUGCUAUAGAGACUGGUUUGGUUAUCCAGAAUGGGCUGCAACUGGAAC